AUGAUCAAACACACCGAAAUAUCACGACUCGAUGGCAUUAUUCUGACCAGCUCUGUGGAUGAGGGAGAGGCAGAUGCCGAACUCAACGAGGUCAAAAGCAAGGUCAAGCUUGUCCAGCGCCGCCUGAACCGCAACUCGGAACCCCAAGCCAGCAUAGAGAGUGGCUCCUACACCUACCAGUACGUCGGCGCAUCCUCUCACUACCUCAUCAGCGGCGACCUAUGCUUCCUCUGCAUCUGCGACCGCUCCUACCCGCGCAAACUCGCCUUCACAUACCUGUCGGACCUCGCCUCGGAAUUCACGCAAACUUACCAGCCCAACCAGUACCUCUCCCCCGCAUUACGGCCCUACGCCUUCACCGAGUUCGACACCUUCAUCCAGCGCACAAAGAAGACGUACCAGGACUCGCGCGCGACGCAGAAUCUCGACAAGCUCAACGACGAGCUCAAGGACGUGACGAAAGUCAUGACGAAGAAUAUCGAGGACUUGUUGUAUCGCGGGGAUAGUCUGGAGCGCAUGGGCGAUAUUUCGAGUCGGUUGAGGGAGGACAGUAGGAAGUAUCGGAAGGCGGCGGUCAGGAUUAAUUGGGAGCUGUUGUUGAAGCAGUAUGGUCCUAUUGGUGGUUUGGCUUUCAUCAUCAUUGUGUUUGUUUGGUGGCGCUUCUUCUAG